AUGGUAUAAAUUAUAUUACCCCUUAUACAUGAAUAACCUUUCUUCUAACCGGCUACCAAACAACCUCUAACUGCUUUAAUUCUUUGUUAUCUGCGCAGUCAUAAUCUCUUUCUGAGCUCCUUCUUCCUGUGCUAGUGAGAGGGAAAAGAAAGUCUUUUUGUGGUGCUUAAAUUCCAGUAUACCAAAUUCUAAUUAAUUUCCUCUCUACCUUGACAUCAUAAUUUUUUUCCAUGGGGAAGACAAAGCUUAUCUACUAUGCAGGUUUCAAAGUGGGGUUUUUGUGGGUGCAGCUGAGGUGUGUAGAGUGCCAAAGAAGGAUGAUAAUCUCCACAGCCCCUUCCCAGUCUCAAAGGGUUUUUCUGAGUAUUCUGUUUGGGAUGUUAACUGGAUUGAUUUGUGCACUUGUCUUUGCUUGGCUUGUUCGUAGCUUUGUUCGUUACAUAAACAAACCCCCAAUUCUCAAAGGCCCUGUUGUAUUCUCUCCUAAAAUUCCAGCCAAGACUCUGCAAUCAGCUCUAAUUGCUAAUGACGCCCAGUUGCUUGGGUCAAGUAGAUACUACAGGACUGUUCUUGACAAUGGGCUUACUGUUGCAGUCAAGAGGCUGGAACCCUUUGAGUUGCAGAGCAAGUCUUUGAAGAGAAGAAUACAGCAGGAAGUUGAAGUGAUUGCUAGUUUGAGGCACAGAAACUUGAUGAGUUUAAGGGCUUACAUCCGGGAAUCGAAUAGGUUUUUUUUGGUCUAUGAUUAUGUGCCUAAUGGGAGUCUUGAAGAUGCAAUGAACAAAGUUAGGGAAAACCAGCUGCAGCUUAGCUGGGAAGUAAGACUCCGAAUUGCUGUUGGGAUUGUCAAGGGUCUUGAGUAUCUUCACUUUUCUUGUAACCCUAGAAUCCUGCAUCGCAAUCUGAAGCCCACAAAUGUAAUGUUGGAUGCUGAGUUUGAGCCUAGGUUAGCAGAUUGCGGUUUGGCCAAAAUUUUGAAUCUCCCUGUUGCACCAUCAAGCUAUGGUCCUCCUGAGAACUGCAGCAGGUAUACUGAUAAGAGUGAUGUAUUCAGCUUUGGGGUCAUAUUGGGUGUUCUAUUAACUGGAAGGUACCCAACGGAUCCCUUCUUCGGGGAUACAAGUUUAGGGCGGUGGCUUCAGCGUUUGCAGGAAGCAGGCGAUUCUCGAGAAGCAUUAGAUAAGAGUAUUCUCGGGGAAGAGAUUGAGGAAGAUGAGAUGCUAAUGGCUGUUAAAAUAGCAGUUGUAUGCUUAUCAGACAUGCCUGCUGAUCGCCCUUCCAGUGAUGAGCUCGUUUCCAUGCUCACCCAAUUAAAUAGCUUUUGAUUAAUUAGCUAAAUAUACAAGUUAAUCAAGCUGUUUGUUGCUCGCUUUUUUUUUUUUUUUUUUGGAUCCAAAUAUUUCAAAGUUGUUCUUUUGGCUUUCGCAAUGAAAGGGGUGUGUAGUUGGCUCAUUCCUGCAACUAUUAUCAGAAAGCACUUGAAAUUAUCAGUAAUUGAUUGAUCUUCUUGUAUGUAGAUUGAGUAAUCUUGUUAAUCAAGUGCUGUUAUGUAACAUACUUGCCCACUGAUAAUAGUAUGUGUACAUCGGAGACAUUUGCAUUGAUAUUCUUUUAAUGAUGGGUGUUUUAGUGGGGGUUGCUUUG